GUGCAGCGGCGGAGGAGACAGUUGUCUUUGGAUUUACACCCAGACAGACGGUUCCCUCGCUCCCGGAGCACAAAGCUGGCUGCUGGUUAUUAUAGGACCUUAUUAUUCCCACGUCGGUCUUUAUUUCUAACAACUGGGGGACGGAACCGGAUGGUGCCACAUUGGAGCUGCCUUCGCGACGCGCGUCCUGGGGACGAUGCAAUAGGUCAUCCGACCUGCUCUUGUCCCUGUGCGUGGCAUGAAUGAAAUCUAAACAGCUCCUACGUGUGUGUUCAGGAAUCCCUCCACCAACCAACCAACCCGUAGUCUCGCAGUGUUUUUGGCGCGUGGAGCGCAAAUGGCCAUAACCAGGCAUCCUGCCCGCAGCGCGCGCGGAGCCCCCUGAAUGUGGACCUGUGUGGCGCGCGCCGGAGCUUUUUUCCCACCGACAGUCGGAGGAGUUGGAAGUUGUCGUCGUCGUCCUCGUCCCUCGCCACGCCGAUGAUGAUGAUGACGACCGAGGGCAACGAGGUGGAGAGCGGGUCGCAGCUCCAGCGCUGCCCGAGCACCAUGUCCAUCCAGCCGAUGACAUCCAAGCUCCAAAGGCUAAAGCGCUCGCUGUCCUUCAAGACCGUCAUGCGCAGUAAGAGCGUGGAGAACUUCUUCCAGAGGUCCUACAGCGACGCUCGCCUGCCCCCGGAUCUCAUCACGGACCCGCCGCCGUCGCCCCCCCUGCUGCCUGGCUCCCCUCUGGUCGGCGAGCGCUCGCCGUCCAUUUCGCCUUCCCUGAGCCCCAACCCCUCCAUCUCCUCCCACUCCCCCUCGCUCAGCCUCUCCCCGUCGCUGCCCACCAAGCCUCCCCAGGCCCAGAUCACCCACUGCUUCCAGGACCACGUCUUUCGCAAGCCCACCAACUGCCAGCACUGCAAGCACAUGAUCGUGGGAAACUCCAAACAAGCUCUGCGCUGUAAAACGUGCAAGAUGGCCGCUCACCUGUGGUGUACCUCGGACCUGUCGCAGCAGCCGUGUCAUGGGAAGCCCGGAGCGUUCAAGCGAAACUUCAGCUCGCCGAUGCUCGUCAACGACCAACUGGCUGUCGUCAAGGAGGCUCAGCCCAGCCAAGAACUGUCUCAACCGCAUCUCACCCGACAACCCCGAGGAGCGCGGAAGUGGAAAAAGAGAGGGGGGAGAAAAGGAGAGAGAGGGGAAGAACAAAUUCAGCGUCUGGUGGCGGCUGACGGGACGGGUCGGCACCCUGAAAAGGCCGUGCGGACGCGCGUCGACCCCGUGUACGCCGCCUUGCGCUUCGGGACGUCUCUGGCACAGAUGAGCCGCUCCAGUUUUGGCAGUUCAGAGUCGCCGACGCGCAGCCUGGGGGAGGGAGGAGAGGAGAGGCAGCAGAGACAGUGCAGCAUGGAGGAAGAGAUAUCUCAGGAGACGGGGGACGCAGAAGCGGUCCCAGACGCCGAGGCGGAGAGGGAGGAAGACGAGAGCGUGGGCCCAGCUCAGACUCCUGCGGAGGAGAGCAAUGUGAAGGUGCCCAAGCGCAUUGAAGUUCAUUCCAUCCACACCUACGUGGCGCUCUACAAGUUUCUCCCUCAGGAACAGAACGACCUGGAACUACAUCCUGGUGAUCGGGUGCAGGUCACUGACGACUCCAAUGAGGAGUGGUGGAAGGGAAAGAGCGGCGACAGGGUCGGCUUCUUCCCCGCCAACUUCGUGCAGCGGGUGCGGCCGGGGGAGAGAGUGUGGCGGGUCGUCCAGAGCGUCGCGGCCACCCGAGAGAGAGGACACAUGGCCGUCAGGGAGUCCCAGAUCUGUGUGGGGAAGCGGGACGACGGCGAGGUGUUUGUGAAGCUGAGCAGUGGGAAGAAGAGAGGGCUGGUCCCGGCUGAGUCCAUCGAGGAGAUCUGAGGCCUCAUCCCCAUCUUUUCUAACGUCCACUUCCCCUUGGAGACAAAACUAUCACCACCACCACCUCCUCCUCCUCCUCCUCCUCCUCCUCCUCCUCCUCCUCCUCCUCCCCUUGGCAAAACGACAGGCACAGCCUUUUCCCGGCCAGUCUGUACUGACACACACACACACACACAAACACACACACACACACACACACACACUUCUCCUGCACGGAUCUGGAAACACCGGCCAGUGAACAUGUUAUUCUAGUGUAUAAAGUGUACAGUAAUGCGGCGGUCCUGAUUUAACAAACGGGACUGUUUCUCAGCCGCGAUGCUGCGGCUCUUUUCUUCCUUUCAAAGACAAUGUCAGGUUGGACAAAACGUUGGCGCGACGGACGCCGCCUCCGAUUUCUGUUUGUGUCGCCGCGGCGAGAGUCGUCUUGUCGACGUGGGAGGGGGCGGAGUCCCGUCAUGGGAACGAGAUUGCUCCUGUCAGUGUCCUUCUCCCCCUGGCUACCCACUGCGUGCGUCUCAUUCCUGUGUGCGCUCAUGUCAGGAUCUCUGGCCGGAGGGGGAGGGGGCGAUAUCGGGUCCGUGCGAACUGGUGCAACAGACGAAGAGGCUCUGGCCAAGGACGACCGCUGCCAGCCAGAGGGGAAGCGUUCCGCCAGGAGGAGGACGCAAUGCAAGACGGAAAAAAACCCCCGCAGCACUCGCCGACUCCAGACUGACAAAGAUUUUCAGAAAGGAAAAAUUGGACGGCGCGACGCUCCCCUCGCGGGAAGUCCCAAAGGCUGUUCUCGCCUCUCCAACUUAUUCUUCACUGUCGUAUAAUGAAAGUGCGGCGUGAAAAAACGAAUGCAUCGCCACCUUUUUGAAAAAACUUCUUGCAGCAAAACGUCAGCCGAAGGACCCCGUGUGCCGUUUUGCAAAAAAAUCCUUUUCUCUCAUCGACUCUUUCAGAGAGACAAUGGACUGACACCUUUUUACUCAAGGUGUACCUUUACCUUUACCUUUACCUUUACCUUUACCUUUUCUUUUCUUUACCUUUUCUUUUCUUUCGUUGGGUUAAUGAUGACAACCGUCAGAUGAUUUUUCCCGUCCGGUUCUUGACGCUGGAGGACAGGGAGAGCUUUUUUGGACCGUGACGAGGAGGAACAAGUUCCACUGACAGCUCGGGAGGAGGAGGAGGAGGAGGAGGAGGAGGAGGAGAGGAAGAGUCCUGAGUCGUGAGUCAGUGUGUGUGCAUGCAGGUAGUGUUGGACCCGUGGGUCCACGAGUCAUCAUCGAUCAAAUGUCAGCCUGUCGUCUCCAUCUCCGCGCCGCGCGCCGGGGCCUCUCUCCUCCCGGCAUCCUGACGCUGAUGUGACCGGUCACUUCUGACACGACCACGUCACGGCACGCACGCAGGGCACGCGCUUGACGGUUUAUAGACUUCUAGUGAUUCAUUGCUCAUUUUCAGAACUUGUGAUGUUUUUUUCCUUUCCGAGAGGACGAUGGUUCUGCAAAAUUCUGAAUAAUUGAACUGGUGUGAUCACUCUUUAGUCUACAUUUCUGUGUGUGUGUGUGUGUGUGUGUGUGUGUGUGUGUGUGUGUGUGUAAAAGGCCGUCAGGGACUUUUACGAAUAAGCUUCUCUUGUAGUAAUAAGGACAAUAGCACUUUAUUUCCUUGUGUCGUCUGAACAAGUUGUCGUUUUGCGGAGGCGUCUCCGUCCUGCAGUGACUCGAGCUCCUCAGUCAUCUUGGGAGGAAGAGAAACGGUGUCAGGGCAGAACUGGAUCUAUGAUUUUUUUUAUUAUUACCCAUGUAGACACUUUGUUAUCUUUUUUUCUUUUUUUUAAUUAUUGUAGCAUCACAUGUUCGCACCUCUGAGAUUUCAAAAAAAAACGUAAAGUGUGUGUCAGGACGUUUUUUUUCUUCUUUUCCUGAGCCCAGAGUCAUUGGUCGGCCACAUACCUCAAUAAAAAGAUCUUCACAGAAACCUCUCUCGUCUGUCACGCGAAACGCAGCCGACCUCUGCGCGUACAGCAGCUCUAUCUGUGUUCGCCUCUCACAAACCGUGUCAAAUCCAGAAUACCAACACAAACUGCUGUCACCGAUUCAGUCCUCGUCCACUCACGAACCGCUGGAAUCAUGAUUUAAAUCUAAAAAGCUCAUGUGCACUGACGCAAACAAAGAGCUGAGCUAUUUCAGUCAGCAUUUCUUUGAGUCUUUUCUCUUUUUUCCGUGACACUCUGCUCUGCUGUCAUCUCUGUCCCUGUUGAUCAGAUGACAUAUGAAUAAAAAAACAACAGCAUUGACCUGCUACUAGUUUGAUUUAGUACUAAACCUUUGGCUGUAAUAAAAAAACUUCUGGACUCGGAGCAAUUUCAUGAGGAAACGCUGCGGGCGGAUGUUGACGACACAUUUAGUUUUUCUGGAUCCUUUCUUGGAGGAAUGAGGAUGUCCUCUCAUGGCCACUGCGAUCCCCUUUUCCAUUUUGUGCUUCUUCUAUUUUUUUUUACUUCCAAGGCCUCCUCUAUACCGACCAUGUGUUUGAUUGCUCUUCUGGCGCGGUACUCUUCGGCUCCAACUAUCCAAAGCAAUAGUCUGGAUCUCCAGCCGCAUGAUGAGGCGGUCUGAGUUGGGCCGUGGACGGCGGCUGCUCCAUACCUCUAUUAACACUCGAACAGCGCUGCCCGCCUGUGUGACGACGAGUCCCCCCUUCGAGCCCAUGACACUUUGCCAGGGUGGGAGGGCGCCGUCGAACGAGUCCCCCUCUUUCUCUCCCUUCCCCCCGAUCCUCUCGUUUCUCGUACGAGGCGCCGACGCUGCGGACCCUCGUCGAGGUCUCGCUCGGAGCUGCACUUGAGAGAAACAAGCAAAGGGGACCGCUGCCUCUUUCCUCCAGCUCCUGUUUUGACCUUCGCUGGUGGUUGAGGCCGCGUCGACGAGGCCCUGUUUGCACUCACCUCGGCUGAUUGGAUUAGGCGGCGGGACGAAGCCGCCCCAAAGUGGAAUGGGCCCGUUAGUAACGCGUAUCGCAGACGUCCACUAGCGUUACUCAGAGCGUCCCCAGCUCUUGUUUGUUUACGACCCCGUGACCUUUCCGAGGGGCCUCCGAGCAGCAAGUGUCAU